CUGCCCUGCAGCACUUCACCUGUCCAGCUCAUUGUUCGCAGUCAUGGGGAAUCGGCCUCCAGCACCUCGACCUCAGCCUCCUCCUCAGCCUCGCCCUCAGCCUGCUCCUCCUCCUCCACCAUCUCCACUUGUAAAAACUCCAUGGAGAGAAACAACAUGGGGAUGUGAAAAUAACCAGGAACUUCUGGAGUAUGUGAAGAACUUUCAACCUCAAAAUGAAGAAGUCGGAGCCAUCAGAGUUUUGCUCCAUGGUCCAGUCGGUGCAGGAAAGUCCAGCUUCAUCAACUCUGUCAACAACGUCCUACAAAACAGAAUGACCAAUGAGGCUCUGGCCAGUUCCACAACCUCUGACCAAAGUUUUACAACAAAAUAUCAAACUCAUAAAAUCAAGAAAGAAGGCAGGGGAAACUUUUAUCCCUUUGUGUUCAAUGAUAUCAUGGGUCUGGAGGAAAGAACUGGAGUCAGAACAGACGACAUCAAACUGGCCUUGAAGGGACAUGUGAAGGAUGGAUAUAAGUUCAAUCCUGUAUCUUCCCUGUCUGAUGAUGAUCCUGGCUACAACUCUUCCCCGUCCAUCAGUGACAGAGUUCAUGUUCUGGUCUGCAUUUAUGAUGCUAAUGCUCCACAAAUGAAACCGUCUGUUUUACAAAAAAUGAAGGAAAUCAGAGAAGCAGCCAGUGAGCUGGGAAUCCCUCAGCUGGCGAUUCUCACCCACAUUGACUCAGCCUGUGGAGAAACACAGAAAAAUCUGACAAACGUCUACAAGAGCAAACAUUUAAAGAAAAAGAUGGGUGACUUCAGCGCCGGCCUGGGGAUCCCAAUGAACUGCAUCCUCCUAAUGAAGAACUACAGCAGUGAAACUCAGCUGAAUGCAGACGUCAGUACUCUGAUCCUGAAUGCUCUGAAACUGAUGAUUGACUUCGGAGACGACUACGCCGACAAACUGUGAAGCCGCAGAACAGUUUGUGGGGAUAUGCAUGAAAAUCACAGCAGUAAUGUAGUUCAUAUAAGUGAAACAUCAUGAGGUGAAAUAGUAGAGUUAAUAUUAAAUAAAAGAUAGUAGCGGCUCUGAUUAUACUAAGUUUGUUUUUUCUUUAAGUUGGUUUAAUUUAACACACAAUAAAGAUGAUGUGUUAGUUAACACAGGAGUAGAACAAAGAAGAUCAGAUAGAAGAGGACCAAUUUCAUCUAAAUAAAUGUGUUCCUCAUGAACCGUGUAAUAAACCAUAAAGACAAGCUGAGGAAGGCUGGACUGACAUUUUCCUACAACGUUCAUCAAACUUUCCUGUUAGUUUGAAAUUGCUAAAGACAUUCAUUACAAAUGAAGAAACCUUAAUGAAAGCUGUUUACUGUGAUUCAGAGAGUGAAGCGUCUGUGGCCUGAAUGAGUCGAGGUCUGUGUUGCACUAUUAUUAUUGCUGUAAGCACUGCAAUUAUCAUUGCAGGUAUUAUUCAGCAAAGAUAAUACCUGACCUGAAGAUAUUCUCUUCUGCUAUUACUAGAAGUUCACUUAAAAUAAACUUUAUUUUUAGUAUUCUAAAUUUCAAUUUUGUGUUUUUAGUAGCUGUAAGUGAAACAAAA